GAGCCCGAGGGCCUUUUGGAGCCGAGGACUCGGAGAUAAGGCCCUGCGACCUCCAGCCGGGAGGCAGCUUUCCCUCCGCUGGUCUGGUGUCACUACUCCAGUUUAGCGCUCAGGAACGGCUGGGGACGAAGCAGUGUCACCUUCAGAGACCGCGGGACGGCAGGAUCCCGGCGGCAGGGAGGAGCGGCGCCAGCGCCUCGGUCCUGUGCCCGGCCGUGAGCGGGCACGCCCAGCCCUGGCAGGGGGCACAGCGGGCCGGAGGCAGGGUCCUCGACCGCCCCCGCGCGGGUCUCGCGCAGCAGUGUGCAGGGUCAAAGACAGCCGGCCCCCCAUGUCAGUGGUCUAGGAUGGCCAGUGAAGCCACCAACAUCCCAAGUCCUGUGGUGCGCCAGAUUGACAAGCAGUUUCUGAUUUGCAGUAUAUGCCUGGAACGGUACAAAAACCCCAAGGUUCUCCCCUGUCUGCACACUUUCUGCGAGAGGUGCCUGCAGAAUUAUAUUCCCGCCCACAGUUUAACCCUCUCCUGCCCAGUGUGCCGCCAGACCUCCAUCCUGCCCGAGAAGGGGGUGGCCGCGCUCCAGAACAACUUCUUCAUCACGAACCUGAUGGACGUGCUGCAGCGAACGCCAGGCAGCAACGUUGAGGAGUCCUCCAUCCUGGAGACAGUCACCGCGGUGGCUGCGGGAAAGCCCCUCUCUUGCCCAAACCAUGAUGGGAACGUGAUGGACUUUUACUGCCAGUCUUGUGAGACCGCCAUGUGUCGGGAGUGCACCGAGGGGGAGCACGCGGAGCACCCCACGGUGCCCCUCAAGGACGUGGUGGAGCAGCACAAAGCCUCGCUCCAGGUGCAGCUGGACGCUGUCAACAAAAGGCUCCCAGAAAUAGAUUCUGCUCUUCAGUUCAUCUCAGAAAUCAUUCAUCAGUUAACCAACCAGAAGGCCAGCAUUGUGGACGACAUCCAUUCCACCUUCGACGAGCUCCAGAAGACUUUAAACGUGCGCAAGAGCGUGUUGCUCAUGGAACUGGAGGUCAACUACGGCCUCAAACACAAAGUCCUCCAGUCGCAGCUGGAUACUCUGCUCGAGGGGCAGGAGAAUAUCAAGAGCUGCAGCAACUUCACCGCGCAAGCCCUUAACCAUGGCACGGAAACGGAGGUGCUGCUGGUGAAGAAGCAGAUGAGCGAGAAGCUGAACGAACUGGCGGACCAGGACUUCCCUCUGCACCCGCGGGAGAACGACCAGCUGGAUUUCAUCGUAGAGACCGAAGGGCUCAAGAAGUCCAUCCACAACCUUGGGACAAUCUUAACCACCAACGCCGUCGCCUCCGAGACAGUGGCCACGGGCGAGGGGUUGCGUCAGACCAUAAUUGGGCAGCCCAUGUCCGUUACCAUAACAACCAAGGACAAAGACGGGGAGCUCUGCAAAACUGGCAAUGCCUACAUCACCGCGGAGCUGAGCACGCCCGACGGCAGCGUGGCAGACGGAGAAAUCCUGGACAACAAAAACGGCACGUACGAGUUUUUGUACACGGUGCAGAAGGAAGGGGACUUCACCCUCUCCCUGAGACUCUACGACCAGCACAUCCGAGGCAGCCCGUUUAAGCUGAAAGUGAUCAGGUCGGCUGACGUGUCGCCCACUACCGAGGGCGUGAAGAGGCGUGUGAAAUCCCCGGGAAGCGGUCACGUUAAGCAAAAAGCUGUGAAAAGACCCGCAAGCAUGUACAGCACUGGAAAAAGAAAAGAGAAUCCCAUCGAGGAUGACUUGAUCUUUCGAGUGGGUACCAAAGGAAGAAAUAAAGGAGAAUUUACAAAUCUUCAAGGGGUAGCUGCAUCUACAAGUGGGAAGAUAUUAAUUGCAGACAGUAACAACCAGUGCGUGCAGAUAUUUUCCAACGAUGGCCAGUUCAAAAGUCGUUUUGGCAUACGAGGACGCUCUCCCGGGCAGCUGCAGCGGCCCACAGGGGUAGCGGUGCAUCCCAGUGGGGACAUAAUCAUUGCAGAUUAUGAUAACAAGUGGGUUAGCAUAUUCUCUUCAGAUGGGAAGUUUAAGACAAAAAUCGGGUCAGGAAAGCUGAUGGGGCCCAAAGGAGUCUCUGUGGACCGCAACGGGCACGUCAUCGUGGUGGAUAACAAGGCGUGCUGCGUGUUCAUCUUCCAGCCAAACGGGAAAAUCGUCACCAGGUUUGGUAGCCGAGGAAACGGGGACAGGCAGUUUGCAGGUCCCCACUUUGCAGCUGUAAAUAGCAAUAAUGAAAUUAUUGUUACAGAUUUCCAUAAUCAUUCUGUCAAGGUGUUCAAUCAGGAAGGAGAGUUCAUGUUGAAGUUCGGCUCGAACGGAGAGGGGAACGGGCAGUUCAACGCCCCGACGGGCGUGGCGGUGGACUCCAACGGCAACAUCAUCGUGGCCGACUGGGGCAACAGCAGGAUCCAGGUUUUUGAUGGAAGUGGGUCAUUCUUGUCCUACAUCAACACAUCCGCUGACCCCCUCUAUGGCCCCCAAGGCCUGGCCCUGACUUCAGACGGCCACGUUGUGGUCGCAGACUCUGGGAACCACUGUUUCAAGGUCUAUCGGUACUUACAGUGACGGUGGGCAGCUGGACCGCCCCUUCCAAAGGUCUUGCACUAUAAACUGGAAUGGAUUUCUCAGCGCGGGACCAGAUUACACUAGACUUUUCAUGCUAGAAGGAAUCAUUGGUGAACUUUCCAAGGUUAUUUCUGAAUGUAAUAAUUUCCUUAAAAACUGCAUAUCUGAUUUCUGUAAUUGACCUUUAGGGUUAAAAAAAAAGAGAGAUCUCGUCUACUGAAUCUAUAAAAACUGCAAAGUUUCACACCUGUGAUCUAUGGCUUAUAGGACAGGGAUUUAUGUAGUUAAACUAAUUUUGCAAAUCAAACAAGCGUUAAAAGAAAACCUAGAAGAUUUAAAGGUAUCUGUUAGUCCAGUGAAUGGUAGCCUUUGCACAGAGCUUCCAAAAACAAAACGAAAACAAAAUCUAUUGUAGUUAUAUACUUUAACCUCAGUCACAAGACCUGGGGACCUUCGAACCUCACUUUUACACUAGGUAUGACUCUUGUGACAUUUUUUUGGUUAUCAACAACUACAUAUAAAUCACUGUAGGAAAACAAAUAAGACUGUCUUACAAAAUCCUCUCACCUGUGAUUAGCAGGCCUCUGAGUUUAGCACUUAAAAAUAAAUGCAGAUUCUCCAUCCUUCCCAGGUUAGAUCAAAGAUUUGUAUGUGUGUGUGUUCUUUUCACCUUCUCUUUUCUGCUCACCUUGUAUCAAAAACAAAGUACAUUUUCAGGGAAACCUGAAAUUCCUAAUGCUUUGAAAAGCAUAUUAUAAUAGUAAUGGUACCUGCUGGUAAACAGCCCAACUCCAGGUCCAUGCACUGGAAUGUAAUAAAGAGAAAGUUAGUCAUGUUUUACGUGCCAUGUUCUCACAUGUGUCUCUCCUCUUCCACUUCAUGAAAGCGAAAGGAUUACCUCCUGCAAAAUGUCAGCACAUGUAAUAGGACACCAGUAUCCUAGGACAGAGAGCCAUAAGUAGCCCUUUGGAGGACGGAUGGUGUCAACCAAAGGCAUGUGGUUGAGUAACGGUUUCCCCUUAGAAAGCAAGUGUUACCAAAGUUGUGAAAGCAUUACAGGUAAGGGCAUGUUAUGGUUAUUUAUCGUUGUCUAAUGAAUAGUAGAGGCAUUAAAGGACUAUGUAUACAUGAUUAGGGUAAGGUAGAAUGUAUCAUAUAUAUCUAUAUAUAUAUAGCUGAAUCUUCGGUGUAUUGACAUAGGCAGCACUCGGAAAGACAGGAGCAUCACGCAGCCUUUCUUCAGCACAUUCCUUUGCAGAGCAGCUUGCGGCCGUCCUCGCAGAACAAGCCCUAAAGCAGAUCGAAUUUUUGCCGUUUUCUAGGCAUGAUGGUAUCAGCUGACUUCGCAUCAGAAAAUGACCUUCUGGUCUUUCAAAAAUAAACACAAAAACCAAAAACAGGUCAAAAGAGAACAGUUGAACUUGAGUUACUUUGAAAGGACAUAUAAAUGCAUUUUGCAAAAUGUUCAGAAUAAUUUAGUCAAUAAUUAAUCUGCCAUUGAGACUGUAAAAUAAGAUGUGAUUUAUUUUCACUGCUUAAUUUUCUACUCAGUCCUACCAAAUAGGAUGUCAUGUUUGGCAUUUUCAGUAAUGACUUUGGGAUCUUUUUCACUGAAAGCACCUUAGAACUGUACUGUAAGAAAACAUGGCCCAUAUGUAUAAUUAUAUGAAUGUGAUGUUUAUCGCUCAUUAAUUUAUAAUUCAGUGAUUCUCUUCUGUAGGAAUUUUUAAAUUUAAAAAGGAAAUCUAGUUACUUCCCAUUGUCUAUCAAAUUUAUGCCCAAAUCAACCUCUGAAAAAAAUUUUCAGAAAGAUUUACAUUUAGAUUUAGUACUUUUUUAGUUAGGUAGAGUCUUCAAAAUAUUUAAGAUUGUGAUAAAGUUGUAAAAUUCAAUAACAUUUUUAGAGCGUUAAGAUCCUGUUUCCUAGCAUUAGUGAAAUAAGUCUUUGACGAUAGAUGCUCAUAUGUAACAAGUGCCUGCCAGGCGCCGGGAGCUCUCCCGGGCCCUGGGGACAUAGAGACGGAGGAAACAGACAACGCCCUGCCCUCUUGGAGCUUACCCUCUAGGGAGGGAAUUUCAUCUUGCCCUCUAGUAAUAUUCUGCCCUUUAUUGAUAUUCUGCAUCUUGCCCUUUAUUACUCUUCUGCAUAUUUCGAUAAGCUAGGCUUUUGAUAGCUCCUAGACUAUUUAAAAGAAAACUUUUUAAAUUGGUUAAAUUAAUUUUAGCUUAUUUUCACAAGUAAAAAUGGCUUCCUAUUUAGAUUUGUCACAAACUAUUGAACCUAAGACUAGUUUACUUAAAGGGUUUUUUUUUUGCACAUUUAAAUUACAUGUGUGAAUUUAUAAAUUAACCAGCCAUCAUACCGGAUCAUGCUGAGUAUCUCAACUAGUAGAUUGAAGACAAAGCUAAUUUUUUUUACAUGUCAAUAUUGGCGCAAACUGGAAUGAAAGAAUAGAUACUUUGAUUCAGACCUGUUUAUCUGUUCCUAAAACACAUGCUAAGGGCACUCCAGGAAACACUAUAUUCCCCCCCCCAUAUAUAAUCAUAUAUGUUAAAAUAUACGUAACAUUUCAUAUUUGGAUACAUAUGUGCAUUUACUGUAUUUCCUGGUAAGCAUAUUUUAGGGGGAAAGUGCUGCUGAGAUACAAAUAGGCAAGAUUUAAGUGAAAUUUCGUCACAUUCUAUGGAAAAUGGUUUCUGGUAAACUGAGAAGGAUAUUAAAGUAAGUGACUUUGUUUCUGGGCUCCCAUUAUUGCUUGAUUUCUCUUUGUCAAGUGUACAGAACCUGUCAUACACUCAUGAUAAGUAGCACUGAAAAGUUACCCAUUCAAAUUUCCCCUGGGCACUAGGGUAAAAUAUUGCCAGUUAGAAUGUAAAGGUCAAUGGCACUGCAUUCUCUCCUGAUACGGACCUCCCCUGCUGGACAUGGGGUGGUAGAGAGUCACUUGACCAUUCAGAAACACACGAAUACAAAGCCUUUAUGACUGUUCACCAUUUUUUAAUGGUACUUAGUAUCUUGAUCAAAGUUUUGUCUCCAAUAACUAAACAAGCCCCCUAGUUCCUUAUUUUUAUUUAUUCUUUGACUAGAUUUGAGGCAAAUAAAUACUACAGGUCCAUACAACUAGAACACACUUGCUCCUGCUACUAAAUAUACAGGGUAUGUCCUAACAUGGAGUGAACUGGAACAGUGGUACGCUAGCAAGUGACAAUGGACCCUCCGCAUUAAAGGGUUCACGUAAAUGCUUUGGCAAUGCCUCCUGAGUUCAUUGGAAGGAAUGCCAAGUAAACAUCAGGUCCUCUGCAGAUUGCUUCAAAUGGGAAAAACCUUUGUACGUUUGGACUCUAUAGUAUCCUCUCUAUUCACCAGCUUCUGGAAAGGGAGGAGUAUUUUUAGUUUCAUAACUUUUAAAAAGACGUUUCCAGGUAGGACAAAAUUAAAGCUAUUUGCUGCAAACAUUAUCUAAUUUUGCUUAGACCCGAAAGUUGUAAUACUGUUGCAUUCUGUAAACAUUGCAGGGUUUUAAAUUUUACAAUUAUUUUAAUAUUUUUGAUAACUAGGAAUCUAGUAUUGCCAUAAAGGAUCUAAGUGCCCAUUAAAGAUUUGCUUGGUAUAAAUAAAUAAUUUUUUGUUUGUUUUAAAUGACAGUAAGCUACAAAUCAUGGUGUUAAUAAACUUUCUGAAGAUGAAUUGUGUGGCAGUGAUUGUGAGGUUUGUUUGUGGAGAACGUAUGAAAGCUACUAAUAUUCUAAAGCCGAUGAAUUAAUUGGCUCUGUUGUUCCAAUGAAUGUACAGCACUUUCAUGGACCUUUGAAAGCAGCGCAGCCUUAAACUCGCUUUUGCUUUAUGACAUGGAAUGUUCUGUCAUCGAGAGUGUGUUUUUGUAAUAGGAUUCUUUACAUCAUUCUCAGUUCUACAGCCUUUCAAUCCUAUGUAUGAGCAUAAAGAUGUUUUGCUUCCUUUAUUUUCUUUUUAAAUUUUGUACAUUCCAUCUUUAUAGGUCUGUUUCAUACGUUUUGUGUAUAGAACACUACGCCUUGCACUCAUCGAUACUGAUUGAUAUAUGCUCAUUUGUUCUUUUAUGAAUCAAAAUGCUGACUGCCUAUUUAAAGAAAAGAAUAAACGCUGUGCAUCGAAGUGUUUGUAUGUUCAUAGCUACAUACGUACCACAGUAUUUUGGAUGCUUUAGUCUACAAUAAAACUUUAAUUCUGUCUUGAAACAUAGGAGAAACAAGAUUCAUGUGUAUUAUCUUUACCAUGCACAAAAAAUCUCAAAUCAUUUUAAUAAAGCUUGUUUUCUCCGUU